CAAAAUUUAAAAGUUAAUAAUUUUUUUUUAAUCAAUAAAUAUUCAAAUCAUAAAUCAGGAAAAAAAAUGAUAAUUAGUUUAUCUUUAAAGCUGAUACGUAGUCUUUUAAUAAAAUAUUUGUUUAGAAUUGUGUAUGUACGUGAUGUAACCUAAACUAAAUAUUUGUUAACGACUUGACAAAAUACCUGCAAAUCUGCAUGUAGUAUGUAGUAAAACGCCAGCUUGGAAUUAAUAUAUUUCUAGUAUGCUACACCAAAAAUUAGCCAAAAACAUUAUCAGCGAAUUGUACCAGUAUGAAGACAUCUUUAAUCAUCACGUUGAGACGAUUCUGAAAUCUCGACUUUUACUGGAUGAAGAUGCGACUUUACUAUUAAGUUAUUGGGAUGAUAGAAGCACUUUAAGAGAAGCUAAAUGUACUAAUAAGUGGGACGUUAUUGCAGGAUGUCUGGCAGUAGCGGGUAUUAUAAGUUCAAUUAAAUUGCGGAUGUAUUUUCUCUCGUUGUUAAGUGUUCCCUUUAUAAGUAAUAUGUGGCUUAAAGGAUAUAGAUGCUUAAAUCAUUAUAAAAUCAAAAGAGAUUUCGAAGCUUUAGUGAAAUGCUUAAGUAGCAUGCAUCAACUGAACAAAACAGCAGUUGAUUACUUUUAUCAACGUGAUGUAGUGUUAGUAAAUUACCAGUUCUCAAGUUCUGGAAAUUUUAUGAAUUAUUUUUACUGUAUUCUGUUGAAGACUUUGGAAGAAAUUAAAAAGAAUAUUUUACUAAUAAAUAAAACAAUACCAGUUGCAGAGCCAUAUAAUAUGUAUGUGGUAAAUUGGGAUUUGGAACAAUUCAAAUUGAAUGAUUUUAAUGAUUACAAGAAGACAUUACUGCAAUUGGAAAAAAUGAGUGAUUUUUAUGUGUUAAUGGUCUCAAAUUUUCUUAGCUGCAUUGGUUUAAGUCUGUGUGUAAACUUAUGGCAAUGUCCUACAUGCAAUUUUAGAAUUAUAUUUAAAAAAGUUGUGCCUUCUACAUUAAAAAAUUUAGAAAACUCAGUUAAUGAACUGGUUCGACAAUUUAGUCAAUUACGCUACACUCUUACAGAUAAAAAUGACACUGAAAACAUGGAAAUCAGAGCAUUAGAUAGCAAGAAGUAUGUUGCUUUAUAUAAACCUCUAGAGGGUUUUCUAUCCCAUUUACAGAUAACAUUUGAUAUGGCAAAACUAUUAGAAAACAAUUUAAAGUCAAAUCAAAAUGAUAUUGCUGCUAAUUCCAAUAUAGUCACAGCUGUAUGUAACCAAUUUAAUGUUUGCAAUGAGAAUUUGCAUUCUUUUGUCCAAAACUAUGAAAUAAUUGUUAAGCGAUCACUUAGACCAGCCCUGAAAGAAAACAAUUCUCCAAGUGAAAGUAACGAAGAAUUAAAUGAUAUGAAAGCUGAGACAAAGAUAAAUAAAAAUCAAGACGAUUCUAUAGAAAACUUGGAAGAUGAGGAGUAUAAUUUGUAUGUAGGUUAUUCAGACGAUGAAGAGGACGAUUUUAGAACAUCAGUUGAUUAUGUGGAUCAAAUGCCUAUUGAGUAUUUGGAGUUAAUGUUAACAGAACUGAAAAGGAAACUUGAUGAACGGAAAAAAUUAAAAGAGAAACGUUUAAAUCCUCUACAAGAUGGUAAAGAUGUGGGACCUAAUGUUGGUUGUAAUCUGCAAAAUUUCGAUGUAAAUUCAUAUUCAGAAAUAUCUUCCAUUGAAAGCCAAUCAAACUGUAAAAUGGAUAAAAAUGAAGUUGCUGUUUCUGAUGUACUUUUGCCACUGGCAACUCCUCCACCACCUCCAUUGCCCCAAAAAGUUAAUAAUUUAAAAGAUAAUGCACAAAUAGUUACAACAGCUAAUGAUACUCAACAACCAGGAUUCUUGAAUGAUAUUAAACUUCUUGCUCAACAAUUGAAUAGAAAAGAAGACACCUUCGGAUUUGGAAGUGAUUUGUCAGAUUCUGAUAAUGAUAACUAAAACAAUAUAAUACUACAUAGUAACAUAGCUACUUCAACCUUGUUUUCAUGUUGCAUUAAAAGUUUCUCACACUUUU